AUGACAAUUAAGGGAGGCUCAAACAAGGCCUGCGCUGCGUGCAAGUUUCAGAGAAGAAGAUGCUCAAAAGAGUGCCCUCUGGCUCCUUAUUUCCCUUCAGAUCAACCUAAAAAAUUCAGCAAUGCUCACCGUUUGUUUGGAGUCGCCAACAUCAAGAAAAUCCUGGAACUGGUAGAGCCAAGACAGAGGGACGAAGCCAUGAAAUCUAUUAUCUUUGAAUCUGAUAUGCGAGAACAGUUUCCGGUUCUGGGCUGUUUAGGAGUCAUAUGGAGCUAUAAUGAUCAGAUACUCGCCGCCAUGGAGGAACUACGUUAUUUGAAAACGAGACUUGCCGUUUACAAAGAACAAUUUCAUUAUCAAAUUUCUCCUUCUACGCCAUUGGAAUGUAUGCCUGCUGGUACAGAUACGUUGUCAGUGUCGAACCACUUGCAAUAUAACAACAAUAACAAUCAAAUUGUUAUGUUUGAUGACGGUGGCGGUGGAAAUGAAGUCUUUGGUCUUCAACAAUCCUUCAGUUCCAUGGCCGCGCAGUCCUCAAAUUUUAUAGUUAAUCAAUCAGAAAUGGACACAGUUGAAUAUGGUGAUCUUAAUCCUUAUAAUGUAAUGGCUGAUGACAAACAACUGUUUAUCGAAUACAGGGAAGAAGAUCUAUGUGAGUCAAGUAAGGAGCCAUCAUUGAGAGAAGGGAAGUGUCAUAUUGAGCGUGGUUCGAGGAAUGAACUCAAAAGUGCAGCAGCAUACUUGGGUUUGACGAGUGUAAAAGGAUGA